AUGACUGUUUUACCUACUGACAAAUUCGCCACCAAAGCUAUCCAUGCUGGUGCCCAUAUCGAUGUUCAUGGUUCCGUUAUCGAACCAAUCUCUUUAUCAACCACUUUCAAGCAAUCUGCUCCAUCCCAACCAAUCGGUAUCUAUGAAUACUCCAGAUCUCAAAACCCAAACAGAAAGAAUUUGGAAGAAGCGAUUGCCACUUUGGAAAACGGUAAAUAUGGUUUAGCCUUCUCUUCUGGUUCUGCCACUACUGCUGUCAUCUUACAAUCAUUGCCACAAGGUUCUCACUCCAUUUCUAUUGGUGAUGUUUACGGUGGUACUCACAGAUACUUCACCAAGGUUGCCAAUGCCCAUGGUGUUGAAUCUACUUUUUCCAAUAACUUGAUUGAAGAAUUACCAACUUUGGUUAAGCCAAACACUAGAUUGGUUUGGAUCGAGUCCCCAACCAACCCAACUUUGAAGGUUACUGAUAUCCAAUUAGUUGUUGAUACUGUUAAGAAAUUGAACAAAGAUAUCUUGGUUGUUGUCGACAAUACCUUCUUAUCCCCAUACUUAUCCAACCCAUUGAACUUUGGUGCUGAUAUUGUCGUUCACUCUGCCACUAAAUACAUCAACGGUCACUCAGAUGUUGUUUUGGGUGUCUUAGCUACAAACAGCAAGGAAAUUUACGAAAGAUUACAAUUCUUACAAAAUGCCAUUGGUGCUAUCCCAUCUCCAUUUGAUGCUUGGUUAGCUCACAGAGGUUUAAAGACUUUACAUUUGAGAGUUAGACAAGCCUCUCUUUCUGCUCAAAAGAUUGCCGAAUUCUUGGCUCAAGAUCCUAAUGUCAUUGCUGUCAACUACCCAGGUUUAGAAUCUCAUCCAAACCGUGAUAUUGUCAAGAAGCAACACCGUGACGGUUUAGGUGGUGGUAUGAUCUCCUUCAGAAUUAAGGGUGGUGCUGAAGGUGCCUCAAAAUUCACUCAAAAGACUAGAUUAUUUACUUUAGCCGAAAGUUUAGGUGGUAUUGAAUCCUUAUUGGAAGUUCCAGCUGUCAUGACACAUGGUGGUAUUCCAAAGGAAGCCAGAGAAGCUACUGGUGUCUACGAUGAUUUGGUCAGAUUAUCUGUUGGUAUCGAAGAUGUCGACGACUUGUUAGCCGAUGUCAAGCAAGCUUUGAACUAA